UACCAUACUCGCAAUGACCCCUCUGCACCCUACCAGCGACAGACAGUGACGGAGCGUCGAGGCAUAAUUGAAGUUCGUUGCAAGUCACGAGAUGUCAUCCAUGGAGUUUUGUCAGAAGAAACAGGAGAAAGCGGAACGCUUGUUGUCUACGACUUUUACCUCGAUACAACUCGGAGAUCACGGCGGAUUGUGUCUGCGUCGCUGGAAUUCGAGUUUGCCAAUGCUGUUCCUGGAGUUCCCUCGCCUCAAGUUCAAGCCAUUGCGCCUUCGGGGCGUGUGACUUUACUGCCUUCAACGCAAGAGGAGUCGGUGACUCAUGGAGCUGAAAUGAACGCCGGCGUGAGUGAACUAGGCGCAAACGCUGGCGGGACCCUCAAGUGGGAGAAGACUGUGAGCUAUACAGCGAGCGACGAUGCCAGGGUGACGGGGCACAUCUUCAGCGACGACUACGGCAAAGGCGUUGGUGCGAGCUGGGUCCUUCACGAGAAUACCAUGCUCAAGUCAGGCGUACCAAGCUUCUUGCGCUGUGCCAUCUUGCUCAACCGCGGAUUCGACGAGAACAAGUUUCAGUGUAAAGUGAGGAUCAAGGUGGAAGCGGAUUGGAAGUCUGAAAUGGGUCGAUUGUUUGGCUCAACCCCUCCAGACGACCCGGUUUUGUUCGACCCUGAGAUGCCCUCCACUAACAAGCUACGGAAAUACGAUACAGAGAACUUGGGCUCUAUCGACUUGGACGAG